UCACUGGUUUCUCUUUCUACAAGCAAAGUGCGAAACCAAACCAGACUCAUCGCAGAAAUCUGUAUCAAAGAGUAGAGAGAGAGAGAGAGAGAGAGAAGCCAUGGAAGGUCAAGAGGGUUCGCAGCAACCUCAGCUAGUGCUAGCUCACAAGCUAUUCCUCCUCACCCAACCAGACGUCCCUGACAUCGAGAAAUUUCGUCUCCGCGAAGAGGUCCUGGACUUCGUCGUAGCCGAUGAUAUGGUCGGGCUUUAUGAAACCCUAGGCGCCAGUUCGUCCCUGGAUUGGGAUCUCUUGGCCUCGAUGCGUGCCAAGAUCGAUGAACAGCUUAAAAAACUCGAUGAAAAGAUUGCUGAUGCCGAAGAAAACUUAGGUGAAAGCGAAGUUAGAGAAGCCCAUUUAGCCAAGUCAUUGUUUUUCAUACGAAUUGGCGACAAGGAGAAGGCUUUGGAACAGCUCAAGUUAACAGAAAGCAAGACAGUUGCUGUUGGGCAGAAAAUGGACCUGGUUUUCCAUACGCUACAGAUUGGCUUUUUCUAUAUGGAUUUCGAUCUUAUUUCCAAGAGCAUUGAUAAAGCAAAGAACUUGUUUGAGGAGGGAGGUGACUGGGAAAGGAAGAAUCGUCUAAAGGUGUAUGAAGGCUUAUACUACAUGUCUACUCGAAACUUUAAGAAAGCCACCAGUUUGUUUCUUGAUUCGAUCUCAACUUUCACAACUUAUGAACUUUUCCCAUAUGACAACUUCAUAUUUUACACGGUCCUUACCAGCAUCAUAUCGUUGGAUAGAGUUUCCUUGAAACAGAAGGUAGUUGAUGCUCCUGAGAUCUUGACAGUUAUUGGGAAAAUCCCGCAUCUGUCGGGGUUUUUGAACUCUUUAUAUGAUUGUCAGUACAAGUCAUUUUUCUCAGCAUUUGCUGGCCUGACGGAGCAAAUAAAAUUGGACCGUUAUUUGCAUCCCCACUUCCGGUAUUACAUGAGGGAGGUUAGGACCGUGGUUUAUUCCCAAUUCUUGGAAUCCUAUAAGAGUGUCACAAUUGAGGCAAUGGCAAAAGCAUUUGGAGUAACAGUGGAGUUCAUUGAUUUGGAACUUUCACGUUUUAUUGCAGCAGGGAAGCUUCACUGCAAGAUUGAUAAAGUUGCCGGUGUUUUGGAAACUAACCGUCCAGAUGCAAAGAAUGCUCUUUAUCAAGCAACUAUCAAGCAAGGAGACUUCCUACUAAACCGGAUUCAGAAGCUUUCUCGUGUGAUUGACCUUUGAAAGCAUUUCUUGCGUUUUGGAAAAUGAUGCCCCAAAGUGGGCAUAGGGACUUCAUGCUUGUUGCUUUAUCAUGCUACACUGUAUUCUUAGUGAUCUUUGAAUUUACCAAAAAUUUUAAAGCUUACUGAUUCCAAGUAACAAUGCGUUUGUUAAAUUUUUAUUAAAAGAAUUUCUUGAUGGGUUUCAUUGGCA